AUGAAGUUCAACACACCGCUUCCCCAGCCCCUGCCCAAGGAAUGCGCCAAGGCAGCGCAAAUAUUCAAGUCUUUCGUCGACAGUGGGAACAAUGGGCUCGACGGGGUCAUCCCUCGGAGCGUGCUUGAGAACGCCAAAGGUUUCGCAAUAUUCACCAUCUUCAAGGCGGGCUUCCUCUUCUCUGCAAGGGCCGGGAGCGGUAUCGUAAUCGCGAAGCUGGAGGAUGGAACAUGGUCGGCGCCAAGUGCAAUAGGGACCGCCGGCCUUGGUGUCGGUGGACAGGCUGGCGCUGAGAUGACAGACUUUCUCGUCGUAUUGAACUCACGAUCGGCCGUUAAAUCUUUCAUGUCGGCCGGCUCACUUACGCUCGGCGGAAAUCUCAGUAUCGCCGUUGGCCCUCUCGGUCGUAAUGGGGAGGCAAUCGGAUCGCUCAACACCAGCGGCAAAGUCGCUGCUAUGUACAGCUACUCCAAGACAAGGGGCCUGUUCGGUGGAGUAUCCAUCGAAGGCUCUGUUAUCGUCGAGCGUCAGGAUGCCAACGCCCAAGCGUACCGCACGGAUGUGUCGGUGAAACAAUUACUGAGUGGUGCGAUUCCUCCCCCCGACUGGGCCUCUCCUUUCAUCAAGACCCUCGAGGCCUGCACAGGCAUGCCCGGCGGUCGCCGCUGGGUCCAGGAAUUUCAUCCCAACCGCUCGGAAGAUCCGUAUAUGUUCGGCAGCGUAGAGAGCCCUGGACUAAACGAGAACGGGCCUUCCAGCGCGCGGGGCUCCCCGGCCCUGUCUGAGGGCAGCCCCAGCCUUAAUGGCAAACUGUCGAAGUCGAAGAGGACCAAGUCUGGUAGUAUCUCCUUCCCGCCCGUCUCGUGGGGCCGAAAAAAGAGCACAGGCUCCUACUUUUCCGAGUUCCACGACCCGAGCCGUGCGCCCGACCCUGUCGACGACCUACCUAUACCAUCACCCCGGGCCCCCGAGGACAGACCCUCCCCGCGCCUAGGACGUGUGAUGAACCCAGCGACCGGAUACUUCGAGACGCAGUUCCAGACCGACUACGUCUCCGAGGACCAGUUGAAGAAACACCCUCCGCUCCAGCGCCGAAUGACGCCCACGUCCGGAUCGCAAACGCGCACGGGAGCAGACGAGGGCUGGGAACCCGGCAGUCCAUUCAACAACCUGCCUCCCUUCAGCCAGGCACACUCGACCAUGACGGGCGCGAACUCGGAGACGUCGAGCCACCGGCGCGCGUUCAGCGCGUACGCGCCGUCGUCCGUCGGCAGCGGCGGGCGCAACGGGUCCGCCGCGAGCAACCCGUUCGACUCCUACGGCGCGAGCGAGGACGAGCUGGACGACGAUCUGCUCGGGGGCGGGUCGCUCGGGCGGAGUUCUGCGAACGGCGCGAAGCCGAAGCUCGCGCCCAAGGCGGAGCUUGCGCGCCCGCUGCUCCCGCACGAGGGCGUGGCGCGCGCGAUAGCGCUGUUUGAUUUCAGCGCGGUGCAGCCGGGCGACUUGUCGUUCAAGAAGGGCCAGGUCAUCGUCGUCACGGAGAAGAGCGACGAUACGGAUACGUGGUGGAAGGGCAAGCUGGAGGGCCGGGAGGGCAUCUUCCCCGCCAACUUCGUCGAGGUGGUCUAGUGGACCCGUGCAGGCCCCUCGGCUUCCUGCUGGGGCCUAUUGUCGUGCUGUGCUGGUGAAGGUCGGACUCCAAUGUAAGGGUAUCUAUCUGCUCAUCUCAUCUAUGUAUAGUCCCCGCUCUUGGUUAUCGCUGUAUGUACACUGUUUCCGGGCUGUGCUGUAUGCUAGGCUACGUCGCUCUCAAAAAUGUAGCCAUGUUCUCGUCUGCUCCGAG